CACGUGUUGCUGAAGCUGCCGCCGAACUACGACACGGACGCGCUGAAGGCGGCGCUGAAGGGCGUCGCGGACGUGCGGCUCGAGACGGCGCUGCGGAAGAUAAUCCUGGCGGUCUUCGAACACCUCGGCGCCGCGGUCCCCUACUCCGACACGACCAUGAAGCUCAUCACUUCCACGCUCGGCGUCGCCCUCAUCGUCUCCUGCGCGUCCGCAUCCUCCGUCAAGACCAAGACCGUGCGCGUCGUCGCUCCUCUCCUCGUCGGCUCCGUCAAGGCCUUCCCGGGCUUCGGGGGCGGCGCCGUCCAGGCGGCGCCCGCCGUCCCGCCGAACAACGGCUACCCGUACCCGGUCCAGGGCAACCCGUACCCCUACAUGAUGAUGCCGCAGCCUCCGCCCCAGAAGGAUUGGACGGACAUCGUGCCCAUCCUCCUCCUCCUCGCCGGCUUCGCGUUUCUCUUCCUCAAGAUCCAGGACAACAACAACGCGAACGACAACCGCCGCUACAACGGGGACGGCGCCAGCGACUACCGCUACCUCGACGGC